AUGUCAGGACCGCUCGAGAAGCACGAGCAACACCAUCAUCAUGUCUUCGGCCAGGAUGCGCAGGAAGAAGUGGCACUCGAAGCAUUGGGAUACCAACAAGAACUCAAACGAAGCUUUGGUCUGAUUUCCAUGAUUGGCUUCUCGUUUUCCAUUGUGACUUCGUGGUCUGCACUAUCUGGAGUCUUGAUCAUUGGCGCAGAGAGCGGCGGUCCCCCCGUGAUGAUAUGGUCUUGGAUAGGAAUAUGCGCGGCAUCUCUAGCGGUGGCAUACAGCAUGGCUGAGAUGUGCUCAGCUUACCCGGUAGCAGGAGGCCAGUACAGUUGGGUCGCAAUGCUUGCACCGAAAAAGGUCGCUCGAGGACUCAGCUACAUAUGCGGCUGGUUUAUGCUGAUCGGUCUCCUUGCAAUGGGUGCUACGAACAACUUCAUCGUUGCCAACUUCAUUCUGGGGGUGUCGAACCUCAACCAUCCAUCGUAUGUGAUACAGCGCUGGCAGACAGUCUUGGUUGCAUACGGCGUUGGUCUUGCGAGUCUCGCAUUCAACAUUUUAGGGCCAAAGCUGCUCGAAAAGGUCAGCCGAGGGCUUUUGAUAUGGAAUGUGUGCGCGUUCUUCAUCAUUGUCAUCACGAUUCUAUCAAUGAACGAUCACAAGCAAUCGGCAGCUUUUGUUUUUCGGGACUUCGUCAACGAGACGGGCUUCAGCCGAUCGUACACGGCAAUCAUCGGAUUGCUCCAGGCAGCUUUUGGUAUGUGCUGCUAUGAUGCUCCUGCUCAUAUGGUUGAGGAGAUACACAAUCCACGAAAAGAGGCACCGCGAGCUAUCAUCCUGUCCGUCUAUCUCGGCUUCAUCACUGGUUUCGUCUUCCUGAUCGCAGCGUGCUUCUGCAUGGCUGGCAUAGAGGAAACUGCUCUCUCGUCCACCGGCGUACCCAUCAUUGAGAUAUUCUACAACAGUACGGCUUCCCGUGCAGGUGCUUCAUGCCUGACCGUACUGCUGAUAGUCAUUGGCAUGGGAGGUUCUAACGCUCUUACUGUGACGGGUGGCAGGGCGGUGUUUGCCUUCGCCAGAGACCGAGGAUUGCCGUUCUCCCCAAUCUGGGCCAAGGUAGAGAAGAAGUCGCAAAUCCCAGUCAUGGCCAUCUGCUUGACAGUAGCUGUCCAAAUGGCACUAAACAGCAUAUAUUUUGGCACAGUGACUGGGUUCAACACCGUUGUAUCCAUCGCCACUUUGGGCUUCUAUGUUUCGUAUGCAAUGCCUCUUCUGACUCGCUUGGCAAGUCUUCUGUUUGCAGGCUCGCGAGGACCUGCAGCCACGAUCCAAGGAGGGCUGUACACAUUGGGCCGGUGGAGUGUACCUAUGAACUCGAUCGGUUUAUUGUACCUGCUCUUCACAAGCAUAACAUUUAACUUUCCCACGAUCAGCCCCGUCGACAGCGAAAAUAUGAACUACACUUCAGCUGCAGUCGGAGCCAUCAUGCUCAUCUCCCUCGUCACCUGGAUCACGACGGGCAAGAGACAAUUCGCGGGGCCGGAGAUUGUGCAUCCUGCGGUCAUUAUCGAAGGCAGAGAGCCACAUCAUGAUGCUCUUGACGAAGACCUCAUCCAUGAAGGCCGAUCCAUUGCUGUCAGCACCAAAGGUCAGCAGUAG